CUCCUACCCCUUUCAUUUUCUACUGUGUUCUCAAUUUUCAUUUUCUAGAAUUUCUAGAGACUUCUUAGAAUAUUAUCAUCACAAAAUGGGCGAGAAGAAGAGUAAGAAGAAUGAAGGAGGAGAGAAGAAGAAUAACAGUGGAGAAGUAGUGGAGAAGAAGGAAGGAGGAGAGAAGAAGAACGAUGGAAACUUAACUGUUGUUCUGAAAUCGGAUUUUCAUUGUGAAGGCUGUGUUACUAAAGUUGUCAAAGCGAUUCGAAGCUUUGGAGGUGUGGAGAAAGUUACGUGCGAUGCUGAUUCGAAAAAGUUGACGGUAAUCGGAAAAGUUGAUCCGGUGAUGUUAAGAGAGAAAGUUGAACAGAAAACACACAAACAUGUUGAACUUGUCUCGCCGGUACCGAAAAAGGACGGCAAGGGAAAAGGAGGAGGCGGCGACGGCGACGGUGGUGCCGGAGAAGAGAAGAAGAAACAGAAUAAGGAAAAGGAGAACAAAGGAGGAGGAGAAGACAAAAAGACCAAAGAGAAAGAGCCUCCGAUCACAACGGCGGUGCUGAAGGUGCGUCUCCAUUGUCAAGGAUGUAUACAGAAGAUCUCCAAAAUUGUCACCAAAUUCAAAGGGUACAAGGAGAUGAAAAUAGACAAGCAAAAGGAUUUGGUGACUGUGACAGGGUCAAUGGACAUGAAAGAGUUGGCGGAGGUGUUGAAGAAACAUUUGAAGAAGGAAGUUGAAAUUGUUCCGCCGAAGAAAGAAGGCGGAGAUAAGAAAGAGAAAGGUGGUGACGGUGGUGGUGGUGAAAAUGGAAAAGGUGGCAAUGGCGGUGGUAAAGGGAAAGGAAAGGGCGGGGAAGGCAAUGGCGAAGGAAAGGGUAAGGUGAAGGAUGAGGUAGGCGGUGGUGGCGAUGGUGGUGGAGAGAUGAUAAUGAAUAAUAAUGUAGGCAAUGGUAUGCAGAUGAUGCAGCAGCAAGUCCAAUUUGGGUAUCCAUACCCGUAUAUGUACGGGUCUGUUUAUCCAGCUGACCAGCUUCAGAACCCGUACCCGGUAUCAGUUCAUGCCCCUCAGCUCUUUAGUGAUGAGAAUCCAAAUGCUUGCAGUAUUAUGUGAUGAUCAUGAGAAUGGAAAAUAAUCAGAACUCUUUUUUUGGCAGAAGUUUAAUUAUGAUAAUUUUAGAGAAAUCAAAGCUAAAAACUUGUAGAUAAAGAGAAGAGGGCCUGGUGAUAAUUAUUAUUAGUACUAGUAUUAAUCAUAAUAUGUAUGUAAUUAGGUUCUAAAAAUGGGUCAAAUGUUCUAAAAUUAGAUAAUGAUUAUUAUUAGUUUUUUAAGAUGGCCUUUCCACUACUAGUUGUGGCUUAGUUCUGAACUUGUAAAAUUUCUUAUCUUGUUUCCAAUUUUUGUAUGUUAAUUUAGUGAAUCAACUCUAGUUGUAGCCA